GCUGUAAACCUCACCCAGAACUAAGAAAACAAUCCUUAUGCAUACUCAGUCCCCUGGGAAUAAGCCUGUUGCACACAGUAGAUUUACUUUGAAGAAAACACACCAUGAAAGAGACAGGCUAACAAGCGCCGCUUCCUUACUAGGAUGGUGGGCGGGGCUAUUUUUCAGCCCAUAGUAACCGUCCCUAGUAACGCCGAGUCGCUGAAUUGGGCGGAGUCUGCUGGAGCAGUUUGCCCGUCUGCGCUCGGGUUGGUUUUGUACGCGAGGCCGAGGCUGCGCGGCCUCUUGAGAAGGGAUGCUUAAAGUAAAGAUCCUCUUCGUUGGCCCCAGUGAGUCUGGAAAAUCUGUUUUGGCAAACUUCUUGUCGGAGAGCACGGAAGGAAUCGGCAGCUAUAUCCCAACACAAGGGGUGAGGAUUCUGGAAUAUGAGAAGCCCCAUAUCAAUGAAAACAGCAAAGGCACAGAGUACCGAUUUGAAUUAUGGGACUGUGGAGGUGACCAGAAGUUUGAGACCUGCUGGCCAGCUCUGAUGAAGGAUUCCCAUGGUGUCAUCAUUGUCUUCAACCCAGACUUGCCCAGUCACCUGAAAGAAAUUGAGAUGUGGUAUUCCUGUUUUGUGCAGCAGCAACAGCUCCUCGAUAGCCAGUGCCUACUCAUUGCGCAUCACAAACCUGGCAGUGGAGGAGACAUAGAGAAUCUCACCUUGUCUUCACCCUUGAACAGACUGCAUCUGAUACAUUCCAGUCUCGAAGAAGAACCUGAGGAUGUCCGGAUGGAAUUUGUGAAGUAUCUUAAGAACAUUAUCAAUUUGAUGAAUGAGAACCGAGACAAAGAAGAGAUGUCGAUUAUCACAUGAAAGAUGGAGACUUUUUGGUGGAACAGAAAAUAAUUGUUAAAAAAGGGGGGGGGGAGAACCCCAACAGCAACAAAAAAGAUUGAAACUAAUGGCGAGUAAAAACUACCGUGCACUCUUCCUGAACACACAUUACAGACCUUUCUCCUCCUUGUACAACUAAUGAAAGUGAUUUGGCAAUAAAAGAUGUGUAACGCUCAGCUCAGGGUAAAA